AUGAAUUACGGCUACGAUAAUCAGUAUACCACCUACGGCGCCCACGGUGGCGCAGAUGGUGGCGGCUUCGUGGCUGGAGAGCCGCAGAGUAGCCCUGCUGCUGGAAGGGGAGGUUAUGGGAGAGACACCGUCCGACCGAUGACCAUCAAACAAAUUCUCGACGCAGAACAACCCCAUCCGGAUGCAGAUUUUCGGUGUGACGGAGAGCCGUUCAGUCAGGUCACAUUCGUGGGCCAGAUCCGCAGUAUAAGCACCCAACCAACGAACAUUACCUACAAAAUCGACGACGGUACAGGUCUCAUCGAAGCAAAGCAAUGGAUUGACGGGGAGUCAACCCACGCAGAGAAGAUGGAUCUUGACUCAAAUAAACCCAAAUUGGUGGAAGACGGCUAUUGUCGAGUAUGGGGGAGAUUAAAGGCAUUCAACAACAAGAGACAUGUCGGGGCACAUGUUAUUCGUCCUAUAACAGAUUACAACGAGAUCAAUUACCACUUGCUCGAAGCAACUGCUGUACACCUGUUCUUCACGAGAGGACCAGCAACCGCGCAGUCGAAUGGACAGCAGAGAGAUACGGCAGCAGCUGGAAUGAUGGGGAAUGGGAUGCGUCAAGACUUUGCUGGUGCAACAGACGGACAACUCGGCCAGUGCUCGCCGUUGGCACGGAGGAUAUUCGCGACCCUGAAGAACACCCCGCAGAGUAACGAGGGUUUGCACGUUCAGAUGAUUGCCGCAACAAUGGGCCUGUCAACUAGUGAAGUGUACAAGGGCGCUGAAGAACUUGUGGCUGCCGGCAAGAUAUUCACGACGGUCGAUGAUAAUACCUGGGCAAUUUUGGACGGGUGA